AUGGACGCAGUGCUGCUGGAGCACUUUCCGGGGGGGCUGGACGCCUUCCCUUCGCCCUACUUCGAUGAAGAGGAUUUCUUUACAGACCAGUCCUCCCGGGACCCCCUGGAGGAGGGCGACGAGCUACUACCAGACGAGCAGGCGGAGGUGGACUUUCUCAGCCACCAGCUGCAUGAGUACUACUACCGCGAUGGGGCGCGACUGCUCCUUCCUCCAGCCCAGUCUGCCCAGCACCCUCCGGCGGCGCCGCCAGGAGUCCCGGAGGAGGAAAACGACGGGGGCGGCUUCUGCUGUGAGGCCAGGGCGCCCCCAGGUGGCGGCGGCGGCUUUCCGGACUCCCCGGGCCCCGCGUCUCCAGAGCUCUGCCUAGCUUAUCCGUGCUCCGGGAACGCCUCCGUGCUGUCCCCCGGGGGGCGGCUGCGGGGACUGAGCAGCGCGGCCGCAGCCGCGGCCGCGGCGGCAGCGGCGCGGAGGCGGAGACGAGUGCGCUCCGAAGCCGAGCUGCAGCAGUUGCGGCAGGCGGCCAACGUGCGGGAGCGACGGCGGAUGCAAUCUAUCAACGACGCUUUCGAGGGGUUGCGCUCGCACAUCCCCACGCUGCCCUACGAGAAGCGGCUCUCCAAGGUGGACACGCUGCGCCUAGCCAUCGGCUACAUCAACUUCCUGAGCGAGCUCGUCCAGUCUGAUCUGCCCCUGCGAGGAGGAGGCGGCGGAGGCUGCGUCAGAGCCGGAGUUGGCGGAGUCCUGGGAGGGGACGGUCUCGGGAGCCAGGCCAAGAAGGUCAUCAUCUGCCACCGGGGCACCCGAUCCCCAUCCCCCAGCGACCCAGAUUAUGGACUUCCGCCCCUGGCAGGGCACUCUCUCUCAUGGACAGAUGAAAAGCAACUCAAAGAGCAAAAUAUUAUCCGGACAGCGAAAGUGUGGACUCCUGAAGACCCCAGGAAACUAAACAACAAAUCCUCCCUCAACAACAUAGAGAAUGAACCACCCUUUGAUUUUGUGUCCUAA